AUGGACAGCAUCGUGCCGUACCGCGGCGACAGCUCCAGUGUCGUGCUUCGGCACGAAAACUCCCUCGUCGUCUAUGACCACCAGUCCCGUCAACUAGCGCUUCGCUCCACAUCCCCACCAAUACUACCCCACGACUCCCCCACCCUUCGCAGCCCGACAUGUCCAUACUGUCAACAAACUAUCUCCGAAGACCUUGCCGAAGAUAUUCGUCGCGAUUCUGCCUCUGCGCAUGCUCAUCGUCAAAAUCAUACCUCGGGCGGCAGCGGUUCUACUCCCUCCGAUGAUACAGCUGGGUUCAUAACACCUGAGUACUUCCGAAUAUUGAGCGCACGGCUAUUACCUGACAGUAAUACUGCGAAUUCACAUCUUUCACCGCCUGGGUCUCCGAGACGGAGGAUACCGGGGCUUGUUGGGGCUGCUACUAGUGGGGCGAAUACGCCGCCAAGCCCUAUUGAAGAUGGAAGGAGCGCUAGUGCAGCUGCGAGAGAGAGGUUUGGGAGGUCUAGGAGUUCAAGUACACAUGGGAUUUCUAGCUCAGCUUUUAGUCCUGGAUAUUUUAAUCAAUUUUUUGUGAAAGAGAGGGAGUUGGGGAAGGGAGGAAAGGGAGUGGUGUUGUUGGUUAGGCAUGUUCUUGACAGUGUUAAUUUGGGAUUGUUCGCUUGUAAGAGGGUGCCGGUUGGUGACGAUCAUGAAUGGCUCGCAAAGGUAUUGCAGGAAGUGCAGUUAUUACAGCAGCUGUCACAUCAGAAUCUAGUGUCCUAUAGGCAUGCAUGGUUGGAAGAUAUGCAAAUAUCGAAAGACUUCGGCCCGAGCGUGCCAUGUGCCUUCAUUCUCCAACAGUAUUGUAACUCUGGCGACCUCCAAAACUACGUUUACGAAAAGAAAUCUGCCGUAACAAAUGACCAAAUCAAAGCCCAGCUACGCAUGCGCCGACUAUCUAAGAACGGUCGGUCUCCGAGUAAUACCUCGGAUUCGUCAUCUCCGAAGCUUCUUCCAUUAGACCAGGUUAUCUCUUUCUUUAGGGAUAUCGCGGCCGGUUUGAGUCAUCUCCACUCCAACGGCUUUAUCCACAGAGACCUUAAGCCUUCGAAUUGCCUGUUACAUGAUCCAGGCGUCCCGGGAUCCGAGUUAAGAGUUCUUGUCAGCGAUUUUGGCGAAGUGCAACGUGAAGACGCGACACGACGGUCUACAGGGGCCACAGGAACAAUAUCAUAUUGUGCACCAGAGGUGCUACGUCGAGUCGGUCCAAACGGUGAACUCGGAAACUUUUCGACAAAAUCGGAUAUAUUCUCCCUCGGUAUGAUACUACACUUUAUGUGCUUCGCGAAAUUGCCGUAUAUCAAUAGCGACGAAGAAAACGAAGAAAACGAAGAGAUUGAUAAACUCAGGGAAGAGAUUUCGGGCUGGCAGGGAUAUGGAGGUACACCCUACGAUAAGUAUAGGAAUACUCGGGUGGACAUUCCUGAAAAACUGUUUCGAAGCUUGGGAAGGCUGUUGAGUGUUGAGCCGGCUAAGAGACCAAGUGCGGCGGAUAUUUUGGGAGGAAUCAGAGGGGAGUUUGGUUUUGCUGAGGAUGGGGUUUCGAGGGUGCAGCGAACACCUGUUUCCCCCAAACCACCAAAUCUGAGCCUCUCAGAUGAUGGCCGCUUUCAUAGGAUCUCACCAGUCCCAAGCGGCCCGAAUACGCCAGUCAUCAACCCUUCCAACUCCAUCACCCGUGCUCGAAACGGUCAUCUUUCUGGAAAGACACAUACACGCAAGUCAUCAAAACUUCGAGAAAUCACUAGCCAAUUCAAUCUCCCGGAACCAGUUUCUUCAAAUAGCCCUGGUUCACCUCAUAAUGGAGCUACGAAUCCCGGCGAGAUAUUUGGAGGACCGUUGGAGACCCGAGUCAGAACUCCAAAAGCGGGAGUUGGUAAUGAUUCUAGUGGAUCCUCGUCAGAUGUGGAGGGACCAUUAGUGCCGGUUAGAACCCUAAGCUCGAGUUUGAUAUUAAGACCGAAAGGUGCUGCUUCACCUCGUGCGCUACCCGAGAAACCACAUCUUUCGGACGAAGAAGAUGAUGAUGACGUGGACGACUAUUCAAAUACCGAAGAGUUCGGAAUUGGGAUUGAGAUGGGGAGGGUGGGGAGAAGUAUGGUGAUGGCGACUGGUAAAGAGGUCAAGAUACCAGCGUUGACGGCACCAGUGAUGGUUGGCGGGGUGAAUAGGAGCACCGUGUGGUGGGUUAGAAUUAUGCCGCAAGUUUGGCUAGCGUUGAAGAUUUUGGUUUUUUUCGGGAAGGUAUUUUCGAUGAUGGGAAGGUGUUCACCAGUUACACCAAAUCCGUGGGUGUUCAAUUCGCUAUUGCUGUUGGCUUUGAUCGAUUUAUUCGGGUACGUAAUGUUUCCUACUGGGCUUUUGGGCGAGGAUAAUUGGGGACUUGAAGCACUGGAUUUCCAGAGGAGGAGGCGGAUGCAAUUUAUAUCUCCGCCCCAAUCUCAAUCGACCGGGGCGAUAGACACUCGAAUCCAACUAGAAAUCGGUUUACCAACAGAUCGGUCAUGCUAA